AAUGACGGUUUAUGCCGCUAAAUUGUAGCAGUUAAAAAAUCGUGCAGGUUUUUACACAAUGUUAUCUUUGUAUUUAAAUAGAAUUUGGUAAAUGGUAAAUUUUCAGAUAGUUUUCUGCAUUGUAUAUUUAAUGCUACUGUUAAUAUGAACUAACCUAUACACUAUGGUUCAAAGAUUACUAAUCUUUUUAUGAAACCUUUGGGCUUUUACUAGUUAUUUGGUUGAGGAAGUACAGAUGUGAUUUUAUUUAAAUAGGCCUGUUGUGCAAUAGCCAAAACUAACUCUUAAAGGACCUCUUCCAUGGUUGACAUUUUGACCUCACCUCCUUCAAGGAGGCGCAGGCGUGUUGAUGAUGAAUCAGUUCCAUGUAGUGUCCCACUACUUUACCAGCACAAAAGUAUGAUCUCUCCUAAGUAGAAUGCAGCCAGCAUUAUUACGGCUGUUCCUGACUAUGAAGUGAUGUCUGCUGUCUUUCUCAUUCUGGUCAACAGGUGGCAGAUGUUGAGCUGCAGUGAUGCUAAAUGCCGUGGACUGUGUUUUAAUAGGGUCAAAUUAAUAGUUAACAAAAAAAGUUUGAAGUUUGUAAAAUUCAAUCAAAACACGAUCAAUAUAUUAAAGUAAUAAUGUCUCAUGUAAUCUACCCAUUUAUCCCAUUAUGUAAUUGACUUUACUGAAUUAUAAAGCUCAUUUGUAAAAGAAGUAAUACGUAUAAAUCAUGGACGCAAAAAUUAGUACCGAUGAGAAAUGCAUAACUUAAUUUCCAUAAAUGCGACUUUUCUCCUAAUGAUGAUCAGUCGGAGUCUAAUGAUUUAAUACAGACCUCUUACGCUCUAGUUCUGCUUUCAGAUGCUUUAAGACCAUUAUUAGUCUGCAAUCACUUCCUAAAACAGGUCAGUUCAUUUCUCCGUCUCGUCCGGUGAGUCCGUCUGACAGUGACUUGUGGCGUCCGAAAGGACCGCUGAGAUAUUGUUCCAUACUUAAAAUAUCACAGCUUUUACUUUUAAACAUACAUUUACAAAACACCACAUGCAUGAUUUCAUACAUCAUUCACAAAUGAUUUCAAAGAGUCUUUGCGGUUCGGUUAAUAUGAAAUAUUUAGCCUCGUAUGCUUUUCCUUUCGAAGUGGUCCCGCCUCCUUAAAGGACCUGACGCGCUUUUACGCACAGCAGUUAGUUAGGAGCGCCAGAGGACGCUGAGCAGAUAUAAAUGGAGUGAUUCGUAUAUAAGGCUAUCCUUCCCUGAAGUAUGACUAUAGACAACUGUGAUUUUCUGGGGGACUUGCAAACCACUAUUGGAGAGAUGCUGGGUUCCAACGUCUCCAAGACAUUGCGUGAAAGUAAUGUCACCAAGAAUUCUAGUUGUGGAUACGCAUCAGUUGGAUUUCCUAUAGCUAUGAUGAUCACUGGCAUGGUGGGAAACUCGUUAGCCCUUAUCCUGGUGUAUAUCUCUUACAGGAAGAAAGAAAACAAAAGGAAAAGGUCGUUCUUGCUUUGUAUUGGAUCACUGGCAUUGACUGACCUGUUCGGACAGCUUCUGACGAGUCCAAUUGUAAUAUCAGUUUACCGGGCCGGUAAGAAAUGGGACUAUAUCGACCCGUCUGGGAAUUUGUGCGCUUUUUUUGGCGUGUGCAUGACAACUUUUGGCUUGUGUGCUCUCUUCUUGGCCAGUGCCAUGGCAAUUGAAAGGGCCAUGGCAAUAACAAAUCCCCACUGGUACUCAAAUUACAUGAAGACAAGUGUGACAAAGCAGACGCUGGCUGUCAUAUGGUGCCUUGUGUUGCUCUUCGCGCUGCUGCCUAUCGCAGGGGUCGGGAAGUACACGCGCCAGUGGCCGGGCACCUGGUGCUUCAUCAGUACGGGGGACAAUGCGACCCCGGGCAACACAUUUUUCGCCAUCACUUUCGCCGCACUUGGGAUUUUCUCUUUGCUUGUAACGCUUUCCUGCAACGUUGUGACAAUCCGGGGAUUAAUUAUCCGGUGUAAAACCAAAUCUGGCACGUCUCAGUCUUCAAAACAGUGGGAAAGGCUCACCACGGAGACAGUCAUUCAACUACUGGGGAUUAUGUGUGUCCUGCUUAUAUGCUGGUCUCCUCUGCUGGUGCUGAUGCUGAGGAUGAUCUCCACCCACGUAUCCUCCCAUGAAUGUAACUCAACAUCAAUGGUCUCCAAUCACACCUCUAGCCAGGAUGUACAACUGGACUGUAACUUUUUUCUGACAGCGAUACGCCUGGCCUCCCUCAACCAGAUCCUGGAUCCGUGGGUCUAUCUGCUCCUCCGGGAGAUCCUCCUGCGCAAGUUCUGUAUCAUGGCUAAUGCUGUCUCCAACUGCUCUGUAGAGGAACAGAAGGAGAACCAGACGGCACUGGAUGCCCUUAACAAACAGAACCAAGACAGCAACAACCUUUGUAAAUCGCAGAGCAGCUAAACCUUCAACAGCAACCGCUACCUCAUGAGAUAGCACAGGAUGUUUGGAGGGAUGCGGAAAUGGUUGUAAAUAAAAGUGGAAUAGAUUUCCCUCCACAAUAGGAUGCUGUGCUAAGAGAGACACCAAAGCCUCUGUGUCAUUGUCAGUGAAAUCCCACCAUGUCCACUCUUAGCAUUUGCUUUACUUACAAGACAUUCCAUUCAAAGUCACCUAAUCAGCACGUGGAAGCAUGGCCAAUUCACCUCUUGGAUUUGGCUGCUGUGCGGCUGCCAGGUACUCUCUCAUUGCCAAUUUACUGUUUUCAUAUGGUUUUUAUGAGAUCUGAAUAUGAGUGACUUCAAACUGACUGAUAUGAAAGUGGUGCAUCUCAUGCUCAUUGCAUUUUGUAACAUGAAGCCAUAGGCCAACUAAAUGACAAACGUCGCCUGUGAUUGUUGUUAAAGAAAAUGUAAAAAGUUUAAUUUUAAUUGUAAAUAUCUUACAUGAAAUGUAACCACUUUGCUUCAAAAAGGAAGAGAGGCCAUCCAGAAGGGAAAAACGCUAAUUUAAACUGGAACUGUUUUUAAGGUUAUUUAUUAAUGUCUGUAAUAAUAAUACCUGCUGCAUAGCAGUUGUAAAUUUUGCAAUGUUCCUUGGCCAGCAGCCAGAACUAUGAAAUGUGAAGGCUUUAUUUUGUUGGGAGCUUCCCUGCUGAAUAUGAAAUGUAUCAGUAAAUAGUUAUGUAGUAUGUUUCUCAGUAAUUUCCUCUUAAAAAUAUCUUUUGUGAAUCCCAAUAUUUGAGAGAAAGGACAUUAAAUUGUAGAAGAGUAAUUAAAGAUGCUCAUGUUCAAAAUUGAGAUGACAUGUAACUUAGUUUUGCUUCUGACAGUCUGUGGGUGACAGUGUUCAUUCUUCUUAGUAUCAGCUAAAAUUCAUCCUUGAUGUUACCCCUAAGCAGAAUAAAUUAUUCAUUUCUUUAA